AUGGAGAUGGCUCCGUCCAUCAUCCCCGAAGCGACACAGCAACCAACCCCGACCAUCGGCAGACCACAACCUCAGAACAACCUACACAAUCCUCUUCCUCUAUCCGCCUCGCAAGAAGCCGAGGUCCGCAAUCUUUUUCACAAACGAGUCCGCACCAGAUGUGCCGAUGUGAUCAAAGACUUUGCCGACUGCGCCCGCGGCCGCACCAUCAGCGUCGCCUGGACCUGCCGCGAACAGCAUCUGGCCAUGAACAGCUGUAUGAUUCAAUACGCCACAAAGGCCGAGGAAGAUGCCGCAAGAGAAGAAUGGUUCCAGGGUAUCUUGGCAAGGAGGAAGCAAAAGGAGGAGGAACUUGCUGCCGUCGAGAGACGGAGGAUGGAGGUGAUUGAGUUGACCAGACGGCAGGAGGAAAAGGAGAGGCUAGAGGCUGAAAGAAAAAAGAAGGAACUUGACGAGAGCAAGAGAGAAACAGAAGGGGGCAAACAGAAAGGAUGGUUUUGGGGCCGGUGA